AGUGACGUGGUGACGUGUGCUGAGGAGGGAUAGUGGCAACUUCGCAAGGCACUAGUGGUAACUCGGUGUUGGGAGUUGUUACUGAGUGGGCAGGGCGUCCUCAUACUGGCGUAGUGGCUGGCUAAGGCUUGAUUGAACAAAAACACUACAUUGUGGAAGCAUUGAGGUGUGAGGUGGAAGUAAGAGUGGUUGGAAGAACAGGAGGCGGAGGAAGACGGACAUCUAGAGGCAUUCCCCAGAUGAUAGUUAUGUACUAGCAGCUGUUCACAAGAAAUCGAGGCAAGAUGAUGCAGUUUAUGCUGUUAUUCAGCCGGCAAGGGAAGCUGCGUCUGCAGAAGUGGUAUGAGGCACACCCAGAUAAGUUGAAGAAGAAGAUCACCCGAGAGUUGAUAUCCACUAUCUUAGCAAGGAAGCCCAAGAUGUCCUCCUUCUUGGAAUGGAGGGAUCUCAAGAUAGUGUACAAGAGGUAUGCAUCUCUAUACUUCUGCUGUGCCAUUGAGCAACAGGACAAUGAACUUCUCACACUGGAGGUGAUCCAUCGCUAUGUGGAGCUUCUCGACAAGUACUUCGGCAGCGUUUGUGAGUUGGACAUCAUCUUCAACUUUGAAAAAGCAUACUUCAUGCUGGAUGAGCUUAUGGUGGGCGGGGAAGUGUGUGAGACGAGCAAGAAGAAUGUGCUCAAGGCCAUAGCUGCACAGGACCUGCUGCAGGAGGAGGAGACUCCCCAGGGUCUAUUUGAAGACCAUGGGCUGGGCUAAAGGACCUUCAACCAAACUAGUUCAUUUACUUACCUGCUGAUGCUUGAAACAAGAAAAUAUUGAAAAUAUUGAUACAAGAAUUGUUCAUAAAAUUGACUUGCACUUAGUUGAUCAGUGAAUAGUAAUGAUUGUAAUAUGAUUGGCUACAGUCGCAUCUAGUAUGGUAUUUUGUCAUUACAAUUGUUCAUUUUAUAUAUUAAUUGAAGCCAGUCAAAAUAGAAUUGCAUAUAAAAUCACCAAAUACAUGAAGCAAUUUAAGUGUUAACCAAGGUGGUAUUAUCAAAUGAAGUAUUUAGACAAAAUGUAAGAUUACUAAGAACUGUUGAGGAGUGAAUAAAAUUUUUCUAAACUAUGGGACCAAUAAACAGCAGGUUUAGGUAGGCUAGUAGUAAUAAUAAUUUUGUUCAUAUAAUUAGAAUUUCAAAUGUGUCAAGUUGGAAUCUUUACAUGUUGCUAAUUAUUAUUUUAAGCCCAUGUGAAUGUUGCAGUGUGGACACUCCUGGACUAUUUCAUUAUGCCUUGCAUGGAAGUAAUGAUGGUAUCUUGGAGGUACUUUAUACAUACAUAUUGGAUGGUUCCCUCUCAACACUAGAAUGGCCUUUGCAUGUUUUAUGCUAGUAACUGUUUAAGGGUUUUGUUACCAAUUCAUUUUUUACUUUUAGUUCCCUUUCUUUCUUUCUUUCUUUUUCUUUUUUUUUUUUUUUUUUCUCUUUCUCUCCAGUCCUGCUUACAAAAAUUUUUGUUAUGAGUCAAUGGUUGUAUUCAUUGGCAUGUAGUCAUUAAUAUUGAUGUUUUAUAUUUCUUUUUGUAAGAUUCAUUAAUUUGUUAGCAGUAUGAAGUAGGUUUAUUAAGACAUCCUUCUCAGUGGUGUUGCAGCUUUGAUAUACAAAUGAACAACUUAACACAGAAUUGAUUUUCCAGGAUUACUAUUGAUGCUUAUUGGACAACAGUGUUAGGUAGAUUGUCUCCCACAUUUUUGUUCUAAAUGUACCUCAAUAUUGCUUUUAUCAUGGGAGUAUAUGCAGCUUAAUGUAGAUUAGCAUGAAAAUGUUGUUGACAUCAGAUAUUUAGCAAGGCUGUGUGAGCAAUAAAGAUGAAAAGUUCAGUAUGUAUCCUGGAGUCACACCACACAGGCCUGUGGCAUGGUAUACAUCAUUAUACAGAGCACUGACUAACACUUUGCUGAUUUCUUCUAAUGAUCACCAUCAUCAGCAUCAUCUUCAUUGUCAUUGUCUUGUAUUCUCACUUAAUGAUGUACAAGAUCAUGCUAAUAAUGAUGAUAAUUGAUAGAAAUUUGUCAUAGUCUUUCAAAAAUUAAAAUAAAUCAUCACCACCCAUAUCUUGACCUUGUCUGUCAGGGUAAAGUGACCAGGUAUUUUGCAGCAUUCACGAAACACAAAUGUGCCUGUUGUAAAGAGAAAUAACUUAAUAUUAUUGUGAUGAAGAUACAUUUUAAUAAUUUUAUGCCGUCCAUCCUUAGCUUUAGAUAAAAUGUAAGUGUGUGCUUGGGUGUGUGCAUGAUUAAAAAAAAUAAAUAAAUAAAUGAGAGAGAGAGAGAGAGAGCGCAUGUGUAAUAAUAGUAAAGACCCUGUUCUGGUUGAUUUAAGAUCCUCUGUUUGUUCCAUUCAUUACAUGUAAACUUUUCUCUUAUAUGACAAUGUGUAUAUGUGUGUGUGUUGCCUAUUUAUAGUAAACAGGAUUUUAGCUAAGCUCAUGGUCUUUCUUCAUAUCUACUUUCAUCCAGCUUAGUUUUAAUGUUAAAUAUUCUCCUUCUUUGUACUACUUUCUGUUUCAAGAGCAUUCGGAAUAUCACUGCUUCUUUUUGGGAAGCUGGACUUCUUUAUAUCCUUUAAAUAUAUCAUCACCUUUGACAUUCUCUUACAUCAUCCUUUUCCAGGAAGUCUUUAUUUGUCCAUAUUACAAGUCCUUCUAUCAAUUCAUAAGUGUAUUACCAUUUUUUUUUGCUCCCAAAGUUGAUAAAUCAAGAUCUUGUAGCAUUUCUUUGUAAGCCAGCUACCUCUAUACUAUACUAUACUCUAUACUGGAAAUAAUCUUUAUUGCCAUUGUAGUAUGUAUGUGUUUGCUAGUAUUUAGUUACCUAGCUGUAGUACAUUUUACAUGAUUCCAAUCAAGCUUAUUUGAUUUUUUUUUUUUUUUCGUAAUGUACUUUCCUCUGGAGUAGUAUUAAUAUCAUAAACAUUCAUUGCUCACUUUCAUUUCAAGCAGUUAUGCAACUGGAAACCGAAUAUCUUGACAUUGUUAAAGAUCUCUAGUCUUUGCACUCAUGCUCCUUAUUCUUUCAAUGCCCCUAUAUGAGUGUAACGCCCCUACUGCUUUGAACAUCAUAAUCAAAAUCCUUGUGUUUUCUUUUUCCUAUAAUGGUGGCAGCUUUCAUUUAAAUAACUGCAUCAAGUGUAACACCAGUUUAGCUACAACUUGUAUUCACUUAUGUUUUCUUGAAAUAUUUUAUCUUGUAAGGUGACUAUAAUAUUUGUAACACACACACAUACACAAAUUUGAAUGUCUCCAGUGGUCAUAUUCAUAUGCUUUACUCAUGAUAGGUUGCCUGGUAUCCAUUCACUAGUCUUUUUCUUCUGUGUAUGAUUGUGUGUGUGUGUGUGUGUGUGUGUGUGUGUGUGUGUGUGUGUAGGAUAGUUAGUAAAAGUAAUGAAAGUGUUUAUGGAAGGUAUGUUAGGUAAAACUUAAGGUCUGAUUUUUUGAGGUCACAAAGUUUUAAACAAAAAUUAUUUGACCAUCUGGAGACAGGGUAUCUUGAAUUAAAAUGUACAAAGCUGAGUGAAUGCCAUGGUUGUAAGUGCAAGGCCCCUUUAGAGAGAGAGGGGGGGAGAGGGGAUCUCAAGAUGGAAAGAGAUGGGGAGUGCACAAGUGAUCUACAUGAACAGAAGUAAAUGGAGAUUCUUCUGUCAUACCUUUAAAGGAGUUUCAGGGAAAAGGCAUCAAAGUAGAUUAGACUAGAAAGGUCUUGUUACCAUUAAUUGUUAUACAACUGGUCAGAAUGAAACCUAGGCAGAUAUCAUCUAGAUAACUAGAUUUCAGAUAUCCUGUCAUUACAAAAUAAUAAAAAAAGAAAGUCAGGCAUUUGUAAAAUUUGAUUAUUGUUUAGGCAAAAUUGACAGGCAAACCAAUGGAGUGCCCAUGCCUGGGAUUGGGCAAAAUCACCGGAUAUGGCUGUUUGCCUGGUAGUUUGUUUGCUGUCAGGUGUGGAUGGACAACAAGUGAGUAUGAUGACACACAGGUUUUGCCUGGUAAAUUGACAAAACUCUUUGUGUGGAUGAGUUCCAUAGAUUGGUCACUGGGCAGCUGAAAGAAGUAAGCAGAGUUCUUUGGAGAACUUAUCAAUUGAAAUAAAUAAGUGCUUAAAACAGAUUCUGAAACAUGACAACAAACAGUUUUGAGUGGUUAAUCCAUAAGUGGUCCUGCAUCUGUAGAUUAAAAUAUGUAUCUCACACCUGACAUACAUGGUUCUAGUUCAUGAUGCUUUUGAUCAACUAGGCAUUUCAUUGUCUCUCAGCAAUAAUUAAGAACUGUUAUGGAUUCAUGUGCUCAUCCCAGGUUGAGAACCAUUGGUUUUUGGCACAUGAUGUACAUGUACAUCAGUUUUGUGGAUUCUUAUAUGGAUGUCAAUCUGUACAUUUUCCUUAUUUCAGAAUAUUCCUGAUAUUUCCUUCACUUUAUUUUUAAUGUAUUGGGGGGAGAAACAAACCAUGUGCAGAUACUAAACACCUUAUAAAUGAACACACCUGUCCUUUACAUCAUUAAAUAUUAAGGAUACCUUAAAACUUCAGAUUAUAACUUUUACAGAAGAAACUUCCAAAGUUAAAUUAAUCUUCUUAAACAAGUGUAUUCCAUGUUCAUUGAUUGUUUCAAGUCUUCACAGAAGUUCAUGUGUCAACCACUGGUCAAAGAGUGAUUUACUAAGUCAUUUGUAGAGCUAGAAUGCUCUAGCAGUUAUCUAUUGUUUGAUGGCUAUAUGUUAAGAAACUUAAAAUUUUUCAUGUGCCUUCAUAGUUCCUGUUUUCAUCUAUGAAAAAUUUUGUGUACUAUAUCACAUUUAUUUACCUGUGACUCAACUGGAAAGAUAAAUACUUUAUUUGC